AUGCCUGACCGCUGGCCGUCCGACAUCAAGGACGCCGGUCCUUUGGCCGAGCCACUGAAGUUCGAAUUCAGUGGCAAGACCGCCCCAAACCGCUUUUUGAAGGCGGCCAUGACGGAGCGCCUGUCGUCUUGGGACCCAGAGAACAAGGAGAAACGAGGCAUCCCCUCGGAGCAGCUUAUCCGGGUAUAUCAGAGAUGGGGCGAAGGCGGGUUUGGUGUGAUUCUAACAGGAAAUACCAUGAUCGACUAUGACAAUUUGGAAGCACCUGGUAAUCCAAUUAUCCCGGGCGAUACCCCUUUCGAAGGACAGCGCUUCGAGGCGUUCAAAGAAUUGGCCAAGCAGGCCAAAGCACAUGGCAGUCUGGUCGUGGGCCAAGUCUCGCACGCCGGACGCCAGGUUGAUCAGAGACUCCAGCCCGACCCGGUCUCUGCCAGUGACGUGCAACUGGAGGGCGACUUGAUGGGAAUGCGAUUCGCCAAACCGCACGCCGCAUCCCACGGGGAGAUCCAAGACGUCAUUGCGCGAUUCACCCACGCGGCCGAGUUCCUGCACAAGGCGGGAUACGAUGGCAUCCAGCUCCACGGCGCACAUGGCUAUCUGUUGGCGCAGUUCCUCUCCCAGACCACCAACAAGCGGACCGACCAGUACGGCGGCUCGCUCCAAAACCGUGCCCGGAUCAUCCUGGAGAUCGCGCGGUCGAUUCGCCAAAAGCUCCCUUCCUCGUCCGGGUUCAUUCUCGGGAUCAAGGUCAACUCGGUCGAGUUCCAAGAGGGCGGCUUCACGGCGGACGAAGCCAAGGACCUCUGCAUCCUGCUGGAAAAGCACGAGUUCGACUUCGUCGAGCUUUCCGGCGGCACUUACCAAUCGUUGGCAUUCGUGCACAAGCGAGAGUCGACGAAGAAGCGGGAAGCCUUCUUCAUCGAGUUUGCCGAGCAGAUCGUCGGCGACCUGCGCAAAACCAAGACAUACGUCACCGGUGGCUUCCUGACGCUCGACGGUAUGGUCAACGCUCUGAAGACCGUGGACGGCGUCGGGCUUGCUCGGCCUGCAUGCCAGGAAUUCCACCUCCCCAAGGAUCUGCUGGAAGGCAAGGUCUCGGGCGCCAUUGAACAAAAGAUCGACCGCAACAACUUUGGUCUCACCAACGUCAUUGCCGGCAGCCAGAUCCGACAGGUCGGCAAAGACCAGGAACCGAUCGACAUGUCCGUUCCCGAGAAUGUCGACGCCUUCCUGAAGGAUAUGGGCACGUGGGGUGAGAAGAUGAAGUCCGGAGGCGCCAGCGCUUACGGGUACGUCGACAUUGAAAGUGCGAAGACGUCGCAGUAUGGAGCACCAGCAGCGUAG